CUUGCACUGUAGCCAACAACCACCUGCUCUCAUUGCUUUUUUGGUGAUAUAACAGCUCUAGCUUUAUGGGCUUCCCAUUUUAGGUAUAAUUUUAUUUCUUUAUCUCUCAGCUGCUUGUUCUUCACAUUUCCUAGUAACUUCCUUUCUUCUGCCUGUAAGUGACUUGCCAAAGCUUGUUGUGAUUCUAUUCUCACUUGUGCUGCAAUGUUUUUUUGUGCCUGAUAGAAAAAGCCUUUUCCACCUUGCUCCAUUUUCCCUCCUCUUCAGCCUUUGCUUCCUAAUGUCUGUGCUGGGAGAUGUUUGUUCAGUGGCAGGUUUUUCCCUUGCAGUUUUAUCCCUGGUCCUCAUGUGCUGUGUCCCAGCCCUGGCCAGCAGGCUUAGCAUGCCUAGAAGAAAUCCAGCCUAAAGCAUACUGUGAUCCUCUUUGUGCCAUUUUCUUCUUGCAUUAAUAACCUGCACAUUAAUUGAAACUUAGUUAAGAGCAAAUCUUGAUCUUCUGCACUCCAGAGAGAGGUGUGCCUCAACCCAUAGUCCAUGGGACCACAUCACUGUCCUUGCAGACACUUCCUGUUCCUCUGGUGCUUUACCUCUCAGGUCUCUUCCCUUCAUGAUCUACACACCAGUAGCAUAUCCUUCCAAGCAGGAUGCAUAUGUUUCGUUUUUUUGUCACCCAGGUUCUGCUUAGUCCUUGCUUUUGUCAUCCCUGGGGAAAAGCAUUUGCUUUCCCUGUUUCACACCCCAUUGAAUGAUGGGACUGCAGAAUAUAUUUGGCUCAUGCCAUGUCGUGAGGCCCUGUGCCUGGGUUGUAACAGACUAUGUCUUGCUCUCUCUGCAGCCCACGAAGCUGUUUUCCUUGCUAUGAUGCCAGGACAGAUCCCAGACCCGUCCCUGACGGCCGGCGCGCUGCCUGGGCUGGGCCCCUUGACGGGGCUGCCGGGCACAGCCUUGACCGCCGAGGAGCUCAAGUACGCUGACAUCCGCAACAUCGGGGCCAUGAUCUCACCGCUCCACUUCCUGGAGGUGAAGCUUGGGAAGAGACCCCAGCCUGUGAAAAGUGAGCUGGAUGAGGAAGAGGAGAGGAGGAAAAGGCGCCGGGAGAAAAACAAAGUAGCAGCAGCACGAUGUCGUAACAAGAAGAAGGAGAGGACGGAGUUCCUGCAACGGGAGUCCGAGCGUCUGGAGCUCAUGAACGCUGAGCUGAAGGCCCAGAUAGAAGAGCUAAAACAGGAGAGGCAGCAACUGAUCCUGAUGCUGAACCGACACCGUCCCACCUGCAUUGUGAGGACAGACAGCAUCAAGACGCCCGAGAGCGAAGCCAACCCGCUGCUGGAGCAGCUAGAGAAGAAGUGAAGGUGGCACUGGGCCAGGAGGAGGAGACAGUGGCGCAGGGUCUUCCAGGGUCUCUAAUGUAUGUAUUGUAUGAAGAACUGUGCACCCAGGCCUGCUGCAGCCAGGGCCCAGUGGACUUCCUUGUGAACUAUGGACCAAACAAAUAUGGGAACAGCGAAGAUCAGGAACCUGUCAACCAUGUACUCUGAGGCUGAACCCGGGAGCAGGGCUAGCAGCUUCGGUGAGGGCAAUGUCCCUGUGAUACCUCAUCAUGGCCCUUCAGCCUGCUCGUGGCUCCGGGGACCCAUGCUGCUGCAGCACAUCCCACGAGGACCAGGUGCCCUGUGGGGAGCAGGGGCUGCAGGCAGGGGCAGGUGCCCACUGGUGCCCUGCCCGGGGGCUGCUGCUGCUCCUGGCAUGUGCUCUGGAGAGAAACCCCAGCCAAGAACCACAAACACUUGACGCAGCCCCGUCUGGUGGGCAGCCCUGUCGGGGCUCGGCGGCGCAGGCGCCCCCCACAAGCACACUCUCAGUAUAAUGUUUACAGCCCAGCUGUCCUUGUCGGCCGUGCUUUUGAAUGCACAUUUUUACACUUUUUUAAAAGUAUUUUUUACAAAGUUUUUAUACAGCGAUCUCUAUAUGGAUUUAUAUAAUCACUAGAUGUGAUCCUAUAGAAAUGUAUGUUAUGAUGGUCUGUUUGUUACAAAUGCAUAUGCCACAGUUAUCUCCAUUGUGUUACUUGUCUGGUAGCGUCCCACUCCUCCCCUGGGGCGCUGGGAAGGGGGUCCAGGCCACCCUCUGCAGAGGUGUCUCUGCCCUCUCCAUCCAUGUAUGUCCUUCAUAAUACUCAGUUCUGUAUCUCUCAGUAAAUGUUACCUUUACAUA